GUAUGUUGCUUCGGUUCUUGGUAUCAGGGUGCUAUAUAUAUAUUUCCACGAAUUGUUCCCCUGUAUGGUGUCAGUGCAGUAGACUGGUUCAGCCGCUCCCCAUUUACCUGGGGCAACGUGAACAUGGGCAACACGGUGGAGUAUCAAAAGAAAUCGUCAGCGCUUGCUCCAACUGUGUCCCUUGAAGUACCGGAAGUGAACAAGAGGACAUUGGGGAAACUGAUCAUCAAGACUGUGGGCCAUGAGGGUACAGAGACAGAUGAAGAGGGGACGUAUCUACGGCGACAGAUACAAGUCUGCAUCUCCAAUCUGGAACGUUACGGGCCUGCAGUGUGGCGAGAUGCUAUCGUGACGUUCAUUGGUUUACAGGGCCAUGAAUACACAGUAGUCUCUGGCCGUGGCCAUCACAGAUUCAUGGUACACCUUGAUGCUCGAGACGAAAUUACCUUUACAAAACUGAAAUGACAAUCUGUCCCUGUUAUUAUGAGAGUAGGUGCCACAGCUAUGGUAUUGCUAUUCUGCUGUCGCCAUUAUGGAUCCAACGUGUCACAAGUAUCUGCUUCUUCCCUAUUUACUUUUACCAGACGUAGAAACAAGGUUGUACAUUGCUUGUCGUCAAGUCAAUAAUGCAUAAAUCUACUACAUAACAGGAGGCACAACACAACAAUAUGUCUGUCUAUCCCAGUACUCUCUACAUUUGCCGUUAACAUCCCACGGGGAUUCUCUGUUCACAUGAGCAUGACAUGCAAACCUACUUGUUAUCUGGACUCGUGUUUUAUGUCGUGUCGUAACGUGACACUUAAUUAUCUUCAGAUAUUUCUGUGAAAAUUGGACGCUUGUGUCAUAAUAAAGUACUUUUUUCGACAA